AUGGAGUUUCUGAUGAAGAAAGUUUGCCGGAAGAACCCCACCGACCCAACACCCGAACUCAAGCCUGGGACAACGGUGUGCAUUCCUUGUAUCGUCGUUUCAGUUCCGCUCUGGAUCUACAAAAAAUUCCUGGAUUUCCCUCUGAUUUCCCCUUUUGUUAGUUGCAUAUGGCCUAGAAAAGCUGUACAGGAAUCCAAUGAUAAAAAUAAAGGGAAAGUAGACUACAAGGGUGUGGACAUAAAUGGAUUACCAACAAAAGGACCAUCAGAAAUCUCUGAUAAAAAUAAAGACUGA